AGUGAACAAUUUACAAAGAAAAAAAAAGGGAUAUGCCUGAAGCCGCUGAAGCCGGGCUGGGAACAUUUGCAGAGAGUCAAAGUGUCAAGUGGCUGCGUGGCUUGUCGCGGGAUCAGAUCGGUGCCUGCGACAGGCUCUUCCGCGCCCUGCGCGACGACACGGAACAGGAGUCCACGUAUCGCGUGUCAGGCUGCAUGAACAGCUUGGGUCUGCGGCCCAUGGUGUCGUCUUGCCGCAUCAAGACUAUCAUGAAAAUCAGCCAUGGCAGCGAGCUGGCCUUCCUGUACUUCCUGUGGGAGGCCGAGUACAAGCCGAUCUCUGAGGACGGCCCCACAAAUUUCACGGUAAACGAGCAGCUGCUGCUCUCGGCCAUUGCCCAUCUGGACAUGCCGGCCACGUUGCGGGAGUUGGAUCGAUUGCUGCCACCGGCUACGCACUCUAAGAAGGUGCAGCGACCCGCGGGAUGUGCGACAAUAAAGCACGAAUCGGCACAGGUGGCACAGGUGGCACAGGUGGCACAGGUGGCACAGCCUAAGCCCAAAGGCAGUGGAUAUUUGAAUCCAUAUUUUGCUCCACUGCCGCGGCCAAAGCAGCUGCCGAAGCCGCUGCAGAAGAGACACUUGGGACCGCCCGAUGGCAAGCUGCAAUUUCCCGAAUACGCCACAUACAAUGGGAUGUACGAAGUGCCAGAGGAGACUUCACGUUGGUUCUCACAUUACCAGCUGUCACCCGCCAAGAGGGUGGUCAAGAAACUGCUUUCGGAUGAGCUCAAUCGCCUGAUUUUGGAACCCAUUGAGAGGGCGGAGGAGUCCCUGUGUCACACCCAUCGUUUAGUCAGGGAGGCAGCGACAAAAAGGCAGGAGGAGAUGUCCGAGGCAGUUUUCCAGAGAUAUCUGUCCCUACUCGACGUCUCCGGCUCCGACCUGAAGGCAUCCCGCAAGCGGGUCAUCCAACAACUGGAAAAGGAAAUCGAGUGCGCAGCUGACAAGAUUCGACACUUCUCGAGGCGAAAGCUUAUAGAAGUGGCAAAAAUCCGCAAUGGGAGGCUGAACGGAUCGUGUCAGCUGUGCACUCAACUCGUUGUCACGCCUCAUAUGAAGAGAGCCGAUAAGGCCAAUUUGUCGCUACUUUUGGGAUCUGAUUUGAAUCCAAUUGCACAUCCGCUGCCCCAGGGCGAAGGACUGGUUAAAGUGGUGGAGCUGCAAGGCGGUGCGGACCAUCCCAUCAGCCAAUGUGGUGCUGGAGACUGCCAACUGUUGGACGGUAAUGAGUUAGUAAUUAAAUCCAGCAAAGGGCACAAACACUCGCACAGAAGAAAGACCCGUAAGACGUCCAGGCUUAGCAAGAGAAGAACGCGGCAAACCCAAGAAGGUUCCAAGGUUCUCAGCUCAGACUUUAAAAAUUUGAGCGAACUCAUUCCUCCCUGCAGUCGUACUCUGGAGUGUCCGCUUAAGGGGAAGGUUUACCCCGAGCCAGACUGUUUUACCACAAGGAACAAUCAUGGUUUGGGGUUUGAUUACCUUAAGAUAUUUAAUCUGGCAGCACUGCAUGACGUGCAGGAUGUGCAGCCGCAUUCGGAUGACUUUCCCAUCGAUCUGGAGGACAAGCAGCCGCUAAUUAAGAAACUUUUCAUUGCCGCCCUAAACAGCAGCUGCAGCAGCGAUGAGAGUCCAAGGACCCAGAAAGAGCACGAAUGGUCCCCGAAAGCUGUGCUCCAAGCAGCCGCCAACUGCGCCAUGGGACUAUUUAAGGAAAAAGUGUCCCAAAAGGAAACUUCAGUGGCAGCUGGCGGAGAUCAGCAAGUGGAGCUUGAGCAAGUGAAGCUCAUUGAUCCGAAUGACAGACAACAGAUCGAGGAACUGCUUAAGUCAGCGCUGAAGCUGAUGAAAACAAAUCCCAAUUAUGUGCUGGCAACAUUUCCCAAUGCACACAGGCUGCCCAUGCUGAUAGAUUGGGUGUCGAAUCGUUAUGGCAAGCGCUACACACGCCAGGAGAUGCAAGACUUGGCGAAGUCCUCGUGCCAACUGAUCGAAAAGAUCCAACAGAAGGAAGCGGCACGCCAGAAGCGGUUGAUGAAUGGCAAAAUUCCCACCAACCACGAAUUGGUCAGCUAUGCCCACAAAAAGGCGCUCAUGUGCGAGGCCAAGCAAACGAAGAGCGAGUAUUACGGGAAGCUGAAUCAGUUGGCGCUGGAGGAAACGCGUCUGACGUGGCUGGCACUGCGCGGUGACUCCCAUCUGGGUGGCCACAUUGGGGACACGUUCUUUGCCUACAUGCCAGCUAAUGAAGCUGAUCUGAAGCGUCAUCAUGUGUGGCAAUCGCGGGACUAUCGUGACAUGCUGCUGCACAGGCAGAGUCGUGAGCGCCGACGUCAGCUAUGAGUGGUCCGAGAGGACAGUGUGGAGCACUUGCUCCACAGUGCCCUCCCGGGCCACUGCACUGCACUGAAGGGUGGACUGGCAUUAUCUCAUGAUCUGAUUAGUGGCGGGACCAACCGCCCAACCACGUCGUCGUCACUGCUGCUGUCCAUUGUUCAUUGAAAGUGUUUUCCAAUGGAAAAUUGUCAUUUAAAUUGCGCAGUCGCCUACUUAUGUAAACCAAACAAUGCAUAAUCCCAAUUAUAAAUGCUGAUGCCCUGCACACAGCUCCAAACAUGA